GAGGGAGGUGUUUAAGGGGAGGGAGUUUGUGGUCGGGAGGCAGAGUGAGAGGGUUGUGGGUGGGUGUCCGUGUUGUAGGUUGGUUGUUAGUGCGAUGGUUGGUGAGCAUCUUGAUGUCGCUGUUAUUGCGGGAAAGGAAGGGGGAGAGGGGGAGAAGGGGAGGGCUGAGGGCAUGGGUGUGGGUGUGUCGUUCCAGGCUUGCGCUUCGACGCAUGAGUAUGCGACGACGAAGAUUAGGGAUCUCGGGAGUUUGAGGUCGCUUGGGAAGGUGGUGAUCCAUCGGUGCAUCUACGAGCGCGCCCCCGGUCGACGUGCCCGAGACGAUUAACGUCGAUACUCCUACGAAUUGGCUCGAGCACUGCAAGAAGAUGCACGGGAAGCACUGCAACCACCGCGAGCUGCCGCUGCGGAACUCGACGCCGAUAGACGUGAUACUGGUGGACGUGUUUGACGAAUGCAUAACGCAGACGUCGACGUCGAGCCAGUACUUCGCGCUGAGUUACGUCUGGGGGAACGCAAUCACCACGACCACGACGUCGAAGAACCUUUCGCAGCUCCAGCAGCCCGGAUCGCUGAAGCAGGACAUGGUGCUCCCGCAGACGGUGUCCGACGCCAUUGUGCUGACGCGAAAGAUGGGCGUGCGGUAUCUGUGGGUGGACUGCCUCUCCAUCAUACAGGACUCCGCGAAGAAGCACCAGCAUCUCGCCGACAUGGACAUCAUCUUCUCGCAGGCGGAACUCACGAUCGUGGCGAUCAGCGGCAAGGACGCCAACGCGCCGCUCUCGGGCGUCAGGCCGGGCACCCGUAAACCGAGAGUCACGUCGAUAGUCCAGGGCCGGUAUCUAAUGUCGUUGAAGCUCCCCGUCACCAAGGACGAUAUUCUGUUCGGGACCGUCUAUGACUCGCGGGGAUGGGCAUUUCAGGAGCUGAUCGUAUCGAAGCGCACGCUGUUCGUCACCGAGCACCAGCUCGUCUUCCACUGCGGCGUCUCCCGGCGCUCCGAGUCCCAUCCUAAGGAGACGAUCCACGACCACAGGGAGUUCUCGUGGGGGUUGAUCGACCUGCGACCGCAGUGGUUCCUGCCACAUUGCGAGCACGUAGUGCUAGACUCAUACGUCUCCAUGGUGCAGCAGUACUGCUCGAAGCGAUUGAGUUUCCAGAGCGACAUCGAGAAUGCGUUCGCAGGGCUCGCGUCUAUCCUGGAGCAGUGGUGCAACGGGCAGCCCGUCGUCCACGGCCUGCUGUCGAGCUUCUUUGGCUACUCGAUGCUCUGGAACACGAAUGUCGAUCAAGGCCAUCUGGCCGCGGCCAAUGCCACUCUCCUUCCGCUCCUAGAGAAGAGACGAGAGGGGUUCCCGUCGUGGUCGUGGGUCGGGUGGAUGAUGAACACUUCGAACGUAGGCAAGAACUCCGCCGUCAAGCUGCCGCUGCACUCGUUGAUCAGGAAUGUCGAGAUCACGAGCACGACAGCGGGUAAGAAGUCGCUGUCUACGACCGUGCUGGAUAAGUCUGCCCGCGAGGGGCUGUUUAAUAAGUCUGGGCAGCAGAUCCGCAUCAAUAUCAAACCCGUCACAGCAGCAGCAGCAGCAGCUGAAUCCGACCAAGACGUCUCCCCGCAACCAGUCAACACACUAGAUUUCGAAGCCGAGCGCGCAGACUGGGACAAAUUCGUCGUAUCGACAUCAACAUCCCACCGUCUCGCCACGACAACAACCCCAGAGAUCCUCUUCCGACCCCGCGGCAGCAACUCCAUAGCCGGAUACCUCUCCCUCGCACCCGACGACUCCAUAAUCCAGCAAGCCACCAUCAACAACGCAUCCCUCCUACCGCUAUCAAAGUCCUCCACAUUCUCCUCCAUGUCCUCCUUCUCCACCACCACCUCCAUUUCCUCCUCGUCCUCUGCGGGCCCCCACCAACCCCACGCCCUCAUAAAAAUGUACAGAAUCAAGCUCAAACCCUGGAACCGCGUCCGCGACAGCCUCCAAACGAUCCUCGAAGUCUUCGAGCGCAACGGCCACCUCACCACCACCGCUUCCUCUUCCCCGGGAAAAACUGGCGCCGAGGACCUGAGAGACAGGCUUGGUAAAGAGAAGGUGCUGUACGUGUUGCUUGUGCGGCGCAAGGGCACGAGGUGGGAGAGAGUGGGGUCGGGGAUGAUGUUCGAGCGGUUCUGGCCGAAGGGGAGGUCGGGGGAGAGGAAGAGGGAUAAGGUGAUGGGGAGGGGGAAGGUUAGGGCGAAUCGGAAGAGGAUUUGUAUUGUUUGAGGAUUGGUGUGGCUUUUUGUACGAGUACGAGGUAAGUCGAAAGAUUCUCAAGACUUGAGGUUUGAACAAUUAUGGUUGAUUAAUGGCUGGUGUCAUGAAUGGCU